AUGAACUGGACGUUGGACUAUCUGAUGGGGAAGAUACCUUUCGAGUGGGUUGACUACUACCCGAACAACAUGCGGGAUGCAGCAUCAGCUAGCGAUCUGAUUAUCGGAGCCCGGCUUCAUGAACGCAGUUUGAUUGACGGCAUGACCGUCUUUGGGGAUGCGGCAGAGGACGUGCUUCACGUGCGGUGUGGGCCACGCAUUCGGUUGCAAGAGCUUGAUCAGACUGGAUGUAACAUUUCUGCUUCCUUGAGUGUUCGAAGGUGUGUGGGUCAUCACAGCCUCGUUAUUCCUUUCGGCAUUGUCAGGGUACCACCAUAUUGUAUUAGUUACCGGGCGCACCGGCGGACUGUGCAGCCAGACCUGGCCACCGGCUUUGAGAGCUUAGCUUUUCAUGUCAGGAAUCUUGACCUUAGGCUCUGCCAGGAUUUCGCACCGUACAGCCUUAACAAGCCGAAGCCGUUGCCGGAAGUCUUCUGGGACGAUGACGAGUGGAUCGGGUCGUGCAUGAGCCAGGAUGGCAAGGUCGACCAGUCUGCCAUCAAUAAUUUCUUUGUUACCAACCAAUGGAAGUUCUUGCUCAUUGGUGAGGAAGGCACGAGCAUGUUCUUCCACAAAGAUGGUACAGCUGCUUCCAGUUGGCAAGUGCAACUUGUUGGGAAGAAGAGGUGGACUUUGUGCCCAAAUUCUGAGUCCCAGCUCCUUCACACAGAGCUGGACACGUACAAUCCUGACUAUUCCAAGUUUCCGCGGUUUGCGCAAGCCGCCUGUGGACAGGUAACUGUAUCCCCAGGUGAGCUUCUAUAUUAUCCAGCGUACUGGUGGCACCAUACUCUUCAGUUGGAGAGCCCGAGCAUAUCCUACACCGGAGCGCUGGUUGGUGUUGAAGCUGACCGAUCAGAUCUUGGGACUGACAGGAAGCCGCACAUGCGAUUCUAUGCAGAUUUGCAGGAAAAGUGUGCAAGAUGCUGGAAGAAAGGUGUCAGCCAGAGGCAGUGUGAUGACAUAUCGGUGAAGUGGGCAGGGGCGGCGCCGCCCCCGCUCCGAUCUGUGUGUGACGAAUAUCUCCCGAAGUGUUUGGAGCUUUGGUCAGUGCACGCUAAAGAGCUGCAUGGCAGAAAAAGUUCGGGGCACGCAGAGCUCUGA